UGAUACAGUAAAUUUGUAAAUAUUGCAAGUCACGUUUUGUUCACUGGUUCCUUAAGAAAUUGUCUGGAAUAAUGUUUCGAAACCAGUAUGAUAAUGAUGUCACAGUAUGGAGUCCACAGGGACGAUUACAUCAACUGGAAUAUGCCAUGGAAGCAGUGAAACAAGGUUCUGCUACAGUUGGUAUUAAGUCAAAGACACAUGCUGUGUUAGCUGCUUUAAAGAGAGCGCCAUCAGAGCUUUCAUCUCAUCAGAAGAAGAUAUUAAGUAUAGAUGAUCAUGUUGGUGUGGCUAUUGCAGGGUUAACAGCUGAUGCUCGUUCUCUAAGUAAUUUUAUGAGAUCAGAAUGCUUGAAUUCAAGAUAUGCUUAUAAUUCACCAUUACCUGUCAGCAGGCUUGUUUCCAUGCUUGGCUCAAAAUCUCAAAUUCUGACACAAAGAUAUGGACGACGACCUUUUGGUGUUGGUCUCUUAGUUGCUGGUUAUGAUAGUAUGGGACCACAUAUUUACCAAACUUGUCCAUCAGCUAAUUAUUAUGAUUGUAAAGCUAUGGCCAUUGGAGCUAGAUCACAAUCAGCAAGAACAUAUUUAGAACGAAAAUUAGAUGAAUUUUCUGACUGUGAAUUAGAUGAACUUGUUAAACAUGCUCUGAGAUCAUUACGUGAUACUUUACCUUCAGAAAUAGAACUUACAAACAAGAACUGUUCCAUAGGUAUAGUUGGUAAAGACCAAGAUUUUGCUAUUUAUGAUGAUGAUGGUGUUACAAGAUAUUUAUCAAUGAUAGAAGGUGAAGAAAGAGCUAGACCACCACCACCACCAGCUGAUGCUCCUGCUGAAUCAAUGGAGACCCAGGAUGGUGAUCAACCUGCUAGUGUUCCAGCUGAUCCUAUUCUUGUAGGUGCAGAAGUCAUGGACCCUUAGAUCAAAUCAUCUAAUUACCAGUAGUCUACAAACUAUUAAUGUAUUUCAUCAUCAUUGUUAUUAUUUUGUCAUUAUUUGAAAAUAACCAAGUCUUUGGUAAAUAAAUAUAUUUCCAUCAUUG